AGUGAUUUAUUUUGUACAUUUAGUAGUCCAUAAAAUCACAAACUAAGAUAAAAUAUUAUUACAUAAUAUUUUAGUUCGUGAUUGGAAUGAACGAUUAAUCACAUUUCUAACAAUAAAAUUAAUAGAAACCUAAUUAAAAUAAACUGGAUUAAUGUUUUAAUAAUAUAACAAUAAUAAUCCACAGUACAAAGAAAAUUAUUGAAGUUUCAAGGCAAUAUAUUAUUAAUAUGAAUCGUAAAUUUGGUAUAAUUCCUUCUGAAGAAGCUGUCAAAAUUAAUUCUAUGCUUGAAAAACAAACUGUUCCUGAAAUUGUUCGAGAUUAUCAAAAUUUGAGUAUUAUUCCUUAUGGAGAAACUGUGUCAAUAAUAAAAUUAGGGGGAAUGAAUUUUGAUUUUAUGGAAAGAAAACAUCUUGGUCUUAUAAAGUAUGGAGAUUUUCGUGCGUUUUAUCCCAAUGAGUAUCCAGUGGCUACAGACCCUUUACAAGAUUAUACUUUUGAUGACCAAGUAACUCCAGUUAGAAUCAUUACAGAUAAAGGAACAUUUAGAGUCAGUCAUAUUCUUUGGUUCCCUUUAACCGAUAUAAUAUCCGGAAUUCUUUUAAAACAGUUUCAAAUUAAUAAAAAAUUAUUACCUAUUGAAGUUUUCAUUGAUCAAAAAAAUCAAUGGCUUUGUAAACUUUUUAAUUUAGUUGGUCAUGAUAUAAUAUCAAAUUUAAAAUCAAUAGACUAAUUUUAUUAAAAUUUCAUAUUCUAUUUCAAUUAUAACUUUACUAUUCAUGUAUAAUGAUAAUUGACUAAUUUAUGAGUAUAUAAUUAAUUAAUUUUUCUACAAAAUUAUUGUAUUUUUUAUAAUCUAAAUGAAAAUAUUAUUUGACUUCCUCUAUGUGUAGGGAUGAAAAAUUAAAAAAUCAAUAAUUUUGUGUACUAUAAGUUCUAUUAGGUUAUAUACAAAUAUAAAAAAUUGGUAUAUCUAAUUAUAACUAUUUCCAUUAAUAAUUUUUUUUACAAUCUAUAUUAUAUUGUUGUUUUCUAAAUUUCUCAUGUAAUAUUAAUUUUUUUAUUUGUUGAUUUGUUAAAAAUAUGUGUCUUAAAUUAAGAAUCUUGUUGUACGGUGUCCCAUCUAGUUGUAACAUCUUUAAUAACUUUGAUCCACUAAAAAUUUUGCAUUAUAUUAUUAUUAUUAUUUUUAAUUUGCUUCCAAUAAAAAAUUAAAAAAUAAUGUAUAAUGUUAGGAUAAGUACAAAAUAUAUUUACUGAAUCAAAAUUUAUUAAAGUGGUUAAAAUUUUGUGGGACAAUUUGUAUGUGUACUAUUUUAAGGAAGUUAGAUAAAUAGCUAGGUAAUACUUGAAAAUAGUAUUAAGGUUAUGAUGAAAUGUUUUAAAUUUUUUGUUUUAUAUUUCAAAAUAAACCUGAAUUAUAAUUUUUAUAA